ACCUCGUCCCUGCCUUUAUGGAAAGGGGAAGAUCCCUGAACUGUGGGGUGGGCAACGUCUACCUGAAGUUCAGGGGUCCAGGAGGCAAAUACGUGGACCAGCCUCCCACCCUGCAGGGCUCCACCCUAAGGGUAACGGGUGCACAGGUCCCUAGCCAACAGGCCGAGGGCACCCCCAAGCAGAGCAAGUCUGCCUCUGGGGAGAAAGCUGCCCCCCCGUCGUUAUCCAAGCCGACGAUACCUGAACUCUCGGAGGAUGAACUCCUUGGCACUGGUGAGGGACCAGCCGGGACAUCAUCCGAGUGCGAGGACUUGUCGGCCUGGAUAGAGUCGGGGCUGGCCGACAUGUUGAAGGAGGGAGGGGAGAUGCAGGAUGGCCCCCCUACCACCGACAACAUGGACACAGAUUAGUGUCCUACAAGCAAACCUCCAGCACAGCGUGGCCGCUACGGCCCAACUGAGACGCUGUCUGGUAGGUCUGCCAACAGCCGUUGCCCUCCUACAAGAACCUUGGACGGGCAGCGGACAUAUACGCGGGCUCUCUGACACGAAAGGAUGUCGCGACCUAGUCCUCGCCUCGGCGUACAUGCCCGGAGAGGACGAGCCGCCGCCUGCUGAAGUACAACGACUGGUCAGCCACUGCGAGAGAGCAGGUCUCGCGAUUAUCAUCGG